CUCGAAACGAAUAUCUCUCUCUCUCUCUAACAUCAGUCUAAUUGUGCACAAACUUCUCUCUCUCCUGCGAGUGCCGACAGAUCUUCGAAACUUCUCACACAGCAUUGUUCCUCUCACCUCACUGUCAUCUCUCUCUAUGUCGACAAACAUAUAUACGCAAACAAUAUACAUUAUACACACAUUCUCUAUAUAAGAUCCACAGUUUUUUUUUUUCUUUCGAUCCAUUCUUCAGUUUGUAUCCGUGCUCAGUGAUCUUCAAGUUAUAGUGAUAUAGUGAACUGACCCCUUGAGAACUAGGGUUUAUUCAGUAGUAGCAAUGGAGGUUUCUCACAGCUGGAGAGACUCGUACAAGGGCAUGUCCUCUGACAACAUCAAGGGUUUGGUUCUGGCGUUGUCGUCAAGCGUCUUUAUCGGUGCAAGCUUCAUCGUCAAAAAGAAGGGCUUAAAGAAAGCCGGUGCUUCCGGAAUUAGGGCUGGAGUCGGAGGCUACUCGUACUUGUAUGAACCACUGUGGUGGGUGGGCAUGAUAACAAUGAUUGUUGGAGAAAUUGCUAAUUUUGCAGCUUAUGCAUUUGCACCUGCUAUUCUGGUCACUCCUCUUGGUGCACUCAGCAUCAUUAUCAGUGCUGUACUUGCACGUAUUAUUUUACAGGAGAAGCUGCAUACUUUUGGGAUUCUUGGUUGUGCUUUGUGCGUUGUGGGUUCUACCACAAUUGUUCUGCAUGCGCCUCAAGAACGUGAGAUUGAAUCCGUUAAAGAAGUGUGGAACCUUGCUACUGAGCCAGCCUUUCUCUUGUAUGCAGCUCUGGUGACAACAGCUGUGUUCAUAAUUAUAUUCCACUUUAUCCCAGAAGAUGGCCACCAGACACAUAUAAUGGCUUAUAUUGGAGUUUGUUCGCUAAUUGGUUCUUUGUCGGUCAUGAGUGUCAAAGCACUUGGAAUUGCUUUGAAGCUAACAUUAUCGGGAAUGAAUCAGCUAAUAUAUCCCGAAACAUGGGCCUUCACCAUGGUUGUUGUUACUUGUGUGGUUACCCAAAUAAACUAUUUAAACAAGGCCCUUGACACAUUCAACACAGCUGUUGUAUCUCCCAUAUACUAUGUCAUGUUUACAUCUUUCACCAUUUUAGCGAGUGUGAUCAUGUUUAAGGACUGGGAUAGGCAAAAUCCAACCCAGAUUGUCACGGAGAUGUGCGGGUUUGUGACAAUCCUUUCUGGAACCUUUCUUCUUCACAAAACGAAGGACAUGGCUGAAGGUUUGCCAACAUCUCCAUCCUUGCGACUUCCCAAGCAUGCAGAACUGGAGAAUGGUUUUGGUCAGGAAAGUAUUCCUCUUAGACGUCAGGAUUCAUUGAGAUCUUCUUGAUGUAUUUUGUUAAUUGAUUGCAGUCAGUCCCACAAACUCAUACUAGUCUCUAAGGAAAGAAAUCCACAGACGUCAAUUUGUACUUUUUCAAAGCAUUGAAACCAAUCCAUCAAUUUCUUUUUUCGGGUACAGUUGUAAACAAAAGAAAGGAAAAGUUCCCCACCUCCCCCCUCAUUUUUUUGGAUCACAUUUGUAGCCUUACGGGGUGAACCCCUUCUCCCUAAUAUGACGGACAAUUAUCAAAUGUAAUUCUGAGCGAGUUCGAAUAAAAAUGAAAAUUUUCUUCA